UCCAGCGGACGGUCCUCCGCUUUCUCAGCACUUUGCAGCUCCGGCAGCACGACCGCGCCUCUGGCUUUCAAUCCGCUUCACGGGCUUUGGCUGCAGGAGAUCGGAUAUAGAGAUCACCAUAACAUUGCUGCGGGCGGCUUGUUUAAUAUUUCUGCAGCGAACGUUUGGCUCCCCCCUUCAGUGACACCACGCCCCCUCUCCCGACAGAUUCACAGAGCCCUUGAUCCCUCCCUCUAACCGAGCCGGCAGCCUAUAACCUCCCCGGGUCUCCGCCCAUUCCUCCACAGUUGAUUCUUUGGGAAGGUAUUGUCAUGCAAAUAAGGGACGGACGCGUAAAAUAUUCCCCCAGAGCGCAGCGCAGGGCAGAGACUCUCACGGACCGCGAGGAGGACGCAGACCGGGCCACACGGUGGAUUUCUAUCGUUUACGUCGCUACGGACCCGUCCAUCUGUCACAGACACCCUGGCCGCCACAUGAGCAGCGACAUUUAGCCAGGAAACAGGUUGGACCGUUCAAGGAGAACCGGCGGGGAUCAAACACCGACGAGGAGGCUGCCCCGUGGAGAUAGUGGUCAAACACCAGCUUCCCCGUGAGAAGUCGGAGGUGUCUGUCUUCUCCAUCCCCUUGUGUAGCUACCUGCUGCUGCUGCUGCUGCUGCUGAACCAGAGGGGGGACUAUAUCCAGAGACCCCUGGAUCGCUUGAGAGCUCCCUUUUUAUGUUUUAGGGGAUUUAGGAUCUCUAAAAUAUUAACAUUUUUGCACACCAAGUGUGUCAUUUCUUCUCUUGUCCUUUUUGGGAUAUAUACAGUGAUAUUUUUUCUCCGUUUUAGUACUUUAAAGUGCCUUAACAGCUGGUUAUAAUCCAGUGUAACUGUGGCAUUCUUACCAGACCAGAGACGCUCAACAGGGAGAAGACGAUUAUUAUCAGCUUUAGAGCCCAGGCAGGAUUACUUUGUUCCCCACCCUCCAGCGAGCUGCAACCAUGAGCCAGGCGGAUGUGUCGACUUGCUCCGCGCCGCAGAGGGUUUUCCAGGAGGCUGUGAAGAAGGGCAACACCAAGGAGCUGCACUCUUUGCUGCAGAACAUGACAAACUGCGAGUUCAACGUCAACUCCUUCGGGCCGGAGGGACAGACGGCCCUGCACCAGUCCGUCAUUGACGGCAACCUGGAGCUGGUAAAACUGCUGGUGAAGUUUGGCGCAGAUAUCCGGCUGGCCAACAGGGAAGGGUGGAGCGCUUUACACAUCGCCGCCUUCGGGGGCCACCAAGACAUUGUGCUAUACCUCAUCACCAAGGCCAAGUACUCCUCUGGCGCCCGGUGAUCUGUCUCUGCUGUCAGGUAAUAAAAAGACGAGAAAAAGUAGAACAUCAAAAAAUAACAAGUCAACAACAGAUGAAAUAUAGAACUGCAACACAACAACACACGGGAAAGCCAGGCUCUUGUAAAAGCGAAAAAAAUGCCAUUAUCUACAUAGUUGUGCCAAAUUCUAUCAAAAAAAGGAAAUAAAAUAGGCCUGCACAGUAAUCUUUCCUCACUGUAAACCAAACGGGGCCCUCUCUGCAUGGUUCACACACACGCAGUGCUUCCAAUCUUUAACAGAAAAAAGAAAAAGCACCCAUUUCGGUGAGUCUGUUGGUACUAAAGCUUUUCCUCUUGAAUGUGCAUCUUAGAUCGAGUCGUCCACUAGUAAAGAAAGCCGGUCUGUGCAUCACAUGUGUGUGUUUGGACCGCAGAGUGCAGAUGGCCCAGUUUUCCUCCUCUCUCUGUCCCUGACCUCCCCGUUCUCAGUACAGCUCAAUAGUUUCUUUAUGGGAGCGCAGAUUUGACCUGUUGCUCCUCAUUGUUCUGUAAAAACCCUUUUUAAGUUAUUUUAUAAAUGAAAACACGGCACUUGAUGCUACAUGGCUGCAUGCUGGAAUAUCUGAAAGGGAAGAGAAGUAGAAGGGUUGCCCUCUGUUGGCUACCAGAGGUCUAUUUUCUUUCAUAAAUUCGUGAUUUCUUUUUAAUUUUUUCUUUGUUUUUAACUCAAAGAGCGGCAUUAUGGCUAUCCAACACGUUUUGUUUCCAGAUGUGUAAUCAUUAUUUAACAACAAUUGACUCCAUCGUUGUUGUGAAGUACUGUACACAAUAGCUUUACUUUGUUUCUGUUUUUUUAAGGAUUUUUUUUAAAGUAGCUGAAUGCGCAGAUCUUGCCAUGCUGGCGUCCAGUUUUUUCAGGCCAGUGCGACCACUUUGCCAAUGGUCAAUGUGUUACUUAAAAAUAAAAGAAAACCGCUGCUUUCGCUUUGUAUCAAAACAAAACAAAAAAAGUUAAAAAAAAAUUGGAAUUCACUUUAUAAUCUCCUUUCAGUAUUUUAUUAACAUCCUAGUCAUCACUGUGAAAGCAGGCUGGGUUUUUCCUCUUUUUUCUCUUUUAUUUAUGAAGGUACAUUGAGAAGAUGCGUUUUUUGACUGUGUUGUGGUUCUUUUUUUUCUUUUUCUUUUUUUAAAACCAUUCUGUGUAGUGUAAGAGUAUCAUGGGUGACUCAAGCUGCUUCUUUUAAAAACUGUCCCGUGUGGAGGUCGACCUGCCACCACCCCACUCAUCCACCACCCACUCCCACGCAUCCUCCUCCUCUGUUAGAGCCUGUUGAACCCCCAUGAGGACUUUUCUCCUCCUUCCAUUAAAGAUGACUCUGUUUGGUUGCCUUUUCCCAGCUACCUCGACUAUAUAAAGUAUUCUCAAGUUGCUUUUUUUCCCUCUCCUCCUCCUUCUUCUCACCAUUUUGUGUGAUCCUCAAACAUGCCAGUAGCCCCAACAUAGAUGGACUUCGGUUCCAGAAGAUGCAAUCAGCUCUAUUCUCCUGCAUCCUCAAGUCAGUCGGGACAGUUAUUAUUUCGUUUUUUUUUUAUGUUACACUACAACCAAACCAGUGCUGGCAAAGCAAAAAGCAUCAUUUAUUUCUGCAAAGGGAGUCUCUGUCACACUCAUUUGUUGCAACCCUCCACUCUGCUCUUCCUCUCUGUCCUCAUCAGCCUGUAUUUUCGUUUUAUUUUCAGUCAUACAAAAGAAAAAAAAAAGUGGAAUUGUGUCGCAUGACUUAUAAAUGCAGGGAGUUUUAUUGCACAAAAAUACGGAGCCUUGUGCGCCCCCAGUGUUCGUACGGGGUAACUGCAGGAGCCAAGGCUUUGGAAUAGUUACUACUACUGAGCAGGACCCUAAUACUGUUGGACGAUGAAGACUUAAAGAGAAACAAAACAACACAUGACUGUUGCAGGAUGUCACAGAAAAGGAAAAUUUGGUUUCGGAAGCUUGCCUGCUGCAUUUUGAAAGUCAUGGCACCCUAACAUUUGUAACAAUGCUGCUUGUAUGUUUUUCUUUUUCUUGUUAAUGUUGAUUUUUUUUAAAGCCUACUGCUCAAAUGGCCAACAGUUGUGUAGAAGCUUCACAGCAGCACUGGUUCACCUCAUGAGAAGCAGUUGAGAGAGUGAGAGUUUUUCUGUUUUGUUGCAUGUGUGUGUGUGUGUGUGUGUGUGUGUGAGGUGUUGUUGUGUGUUUCUCAUGAGGCCUGUGUCACUGUGUGUGUGUUGUUUUUUUUAAAUCAGUCAUCCAGACUGAAAAAACUUCCCAUUUUCAACCUGGAACAAACACAGUUAACCAGAAACAAACAAUCGUUCCACCACAUCAAGGUAUAGAUUGGUAUCAGGCAACAGAUGAAAUAUGCAUUGCUUGUCUUAAACUUGAUUUAUUAUUAUUUUUUUUUUUUUUUUUUUGUUUGAAUAUUGCACUGAUGACUGUUGUUGAAAAGUUGGCUUUUAUGUGUCAACAUUUUUAAUUUUUUUCUGAAUAGAAAAAAACAAACACAACAAAAUACUAUUGUAUAAAUAUAUGCUCCAGGUGAUAAUGUCCUAAUGUGUGUAUUACUUUGUGGAAAAAACAUGAUGUUUCUCAACAAAGAUGCGUGUAUCUCUGUGAUUGGGUGUAUGUAUAUAUACAUGUGGAUAUAUAUAUCGAUGCUGAUGAUGAUGAUGAUGAUAUCUUGGGGCACUUUCUUUUCUGAAGUGCUGUCUUCCUGUUUUGUUUUUUAAAGGGGAAUAAUACAUUUGAUGGUAAGAUCAUUGUAACAUGAUUGAAAAUUGCACGGUUGUGCGGUUAUUUGGCUCACCAGGGUCAUAACAUUUAUGACGUAAGGAGCCGGCUGCCGGAUUUGGUGUACAUGAGUGAGAUGAUUUUUUUUUUCUAUAAAAAAAUAGAGGAAAAAACAAAAAAGAAAAAGUGCUGACUUCUUUGGGCCAACUCGUGUUUCUGGUCUUGCUUCAUUUCAAGCAGGAUCGGAACUGGCUGGCUUUUCAUGAGUGAUGCAGAUGUUCCAUCAUGUCUGACUUUUUGGAUUUGUUUUUUUUUUUGGUUUGUAUUCGUUUUAUUUUUGAACAUUUGUAACACUGUGAUGAUGACGCGAUGUCAUGUGGAGAUGAGUGCUGUAUUAUUUUUGUACGUUUGUGUACAAGCCAGUAAAGAAAUCAUUAAACUCAAA